CCAUCCAAUUUCUCUUCUCCCUUCUUCUCACCCUAUCCCUACCUUUCUAGCUUGUCUUGUCCUAAAAUAAUUCCACCAUUUUUCUCUCUAAAUUCUUAAGCAGCUCAAAAUUUCCAAUAAUUUGUGGAAAAAUGAGUGACACUCAAGAACAUAUAGUAAUGCUUCCAUUUCUAGCACUUGGCCAUAUGAUUCCAUUCUUAGCCUUAGCCAAUAAAAUCCAAGAAAGAACUAGCUACAAAAUCACUAUAGUUAGUACCCCUCUUAAUAUUAAAUAUCUUAGUUCCAACAUAGCCAAAGAUUCAAGUAACCAAGUACAAAAUCCCAAUAAUAUUUCUUUGGUUUCACUUCCUUAUAAUAGUUCUGACCAUGGUUUACCACCAAAUACAGAAAACACAGAAGCCUUGCCUUUAAAAGAUAUGGUGACAAUUUUCAAUUCUACAUUGUCUUUGAAAGAUCCACUUACAAAGUUGAUUUUAGAGAUUGUUAAAAAAGAUGGUAAGCCUCCACUUUGUAUAAUUUCUGAUACAUUUAUGGGAUUUGCUAGUGAAGUAGCAAAAUCUUGUGGUAUUUUUAAUGUGAGUUUUACUACAGCUGGUGCUUAUGGGACAGCAGCUUAUGUAUCAUUAUGGCUAAAUCUCCCUCAUUUAUUAGCAAUUGAUGGUAUUUUUAAAAUGCCAGGAUUUAAUGAUUCUUGCACUUUUUCUGUCUCUCAACUUCAUCCUUUUAUGAAAUUAGCCAAUGGUAAUGAUUCUUGGUCUAAGGUGUUGAAAUCUAUGUUAUCACCUUCUUUGGAUUCUUUAGGAUGGUUAUGUAAUAGUGUUGAGGAAUUUGAAGUUAUAGGGAUAAAAGCAAUCAAGAAUUUCACAAAACUUCCUGUUUGGUGUAUUGGACCUUUGCUUCCACAAUGUAUGCUAAAGAAAGGAGAAAAAGGUCAAAUCUUGGAAUCAAGAAUUGGAAAAGAUCAUGGUUUGUCACCUGAAAAAUGCAUAGAAUGGUUAGAUAAACAUCCUCAAAGUUCUGUUCUUUACAUAUCUUUUGGUUCACAAAACACAAUUAGUACUUCACAAAUGAUGGCAUUGGCUUUGGGAUUAGAAGAUAGUGAAAAACCAUUUAUUUGGGUUGUUAGACCUCCUAUUGGAUUUGACUUAAAAGGUGAGUUUAAAUCAGAAUGGUUGCCUCAAGGUUUUCAAGAAAGAGUGGAAAAGAGUAAUAAAGGUUUAAUAGUGAAAUCUUGGGCACCCCAAUUGCAAAUUUUGUGUCACGGUUCGACGGGUGCAUUUUUGACUCAUUGUGGAUGGAAUUCAGUAUUGGAAAGUUUAAGUCAAGGGGUGCCUAUAAUUAGUUGGCCUUUGGCUGGUGAACAAGCAUUUAAUUCAAAGAUGUUAAUGGAAGAAAUGGGAGUUUGCAUUGAGUUAACUAAAGGGGUUCAAAGUGUUAUUGAAAAAGAGGAUGUGAAGAAAGUGAUUGACAUUGUUUUGAGUACAAGUGGAAAAGGGAAAGAAAUGAAGGAAAAGGCUAAUAAGAUUGGGAUUUCUAUUAGAGAAGCUGUUAAAGAAGAGAAGUUUAAGGGUUCUUCUGUUAAAGCAAUGGACGACUUCAUAUCUACACUCCUUUGUACAAGAAAUCUGUCAUCUUAACAAAGAAUUUGGAACCUUUUAAGGCUUUAAACAGGAGAUCUUUAUGUGAAAACAAGAGAAAUCUUUGUAGAGUCAACAACAACAACAAACCAGUAUUAGACCUUACCCCUACCCUGGGUAGAGAGGCUGUUUCCAAUAGACUUUCGGCUCGCUUCCUCCAAAAACUCCCCACCUUGCUCUUGGGGUGACUCAAACUCACAACCUCUUGGAUGGAAGUGGAGGGUGCUUACCACUAGAGCAACCCAAUCUUUCUAGAGUCAUUUUCUUCUAUUUAAAUUAUGUCGGGUUAUUUUAUACCAUUUGCUCUGGACUAUAUUUAAUGCAGUUGCUUACUAUUUUAGGAUGA